UGCGAAAAGCUGAGCGGCGGCUCGCAGGGACAAGUUGGUCCCCGGUGGGAGCGGUCCACGCCACCCCGCGGCGAGCAUCGUGUCAGGGGCGUGAAAGCCUCGGCUCCGACCACAAGAACUAUGACGAGCGGUGCGUGAACGAGACAGCCUUUUUUUUCUUUCUACCGCGACCCGCAAACCAGGCCGGAUUCAAAGAAGACGAGGCUGCACAAUGUAGGACAGCUGGUCACCAGUGGGAACCCAUACUGCUCUCUGGGGGGGGGGGGGGGGGACUAUGGAGCCAGAGGGACCCCUAACCCCAGGGACCAGCUAUGACCCCGCUUCGUCCACCUCAGCACAAAACCCCGCCUCCCCCGGAUGCACCUCGCAGUCUUCACGUUCUCCACAUGUGAGAGACGGCCCGAUGUGUGCCAGGCGCUCGUGGGCGGCGGGGGCCGGAGAUGAAGGCCCCGGGGAGAACCAGGGCUCUCGGCCCGGCGCAGGCCCAGGGAGGAGCGCACAGAGGGGGCCAACGUCCUCAGCCUUUCCUUCCUCCCUGAGCUGGGACUCUGACUCUGAGAGAGAAACACUAGAUGAGGAGGAGCUACAGCACUUUUCUAACCCUCACGGUCUGGCUGCUCACAGCCCGGGAUCCCCUUCUUCUGGACUCAGGCUUGAUAAUCAAGAAGACCAAGGACCUGAAAAAAUACCAUGGUCUACUGCGACGGAGGCGCACGGCGGCGACCGCGAGAGCGCGAAGACGGAAGAGCAAAAUGCGCCUCGGCCCGGCCCGGCAGACUUGGCAGACAGCGACGGGUGGAAUGUGUCUGAGCUGUUUCUGUCCAAAGGAAAACUAAAGGACUGUUGCCCUAUGGAGGAGGAGGAGGAGGAGGAGGAGGAGAGGGGCCACAGUGAGGGAGAAGAGGGGCCCAGGGGAAAUGAAACCAAGGAGCUUGAGAAAGAUGUGUACACCUUCCCUGGAGACUCUGACGCGGAGAGUCCCCCUCCCGCUCCCUGGGCUCACUGCACAUUCAUUCAGCGGUGCCGGAAGAAGAGGGUGCUGUUCAGGCCCUUCUCCGGACAUGGCACCUCGGAGCGCACAUCGCCUGUGGCCGGCAGGAGCGUGCAUGCAAGUCCUCAAAAAUCCCAAACCGCUGAGACGGCACAGCUGGAUCGAGCCGCAGGGGAGUACAAUUUCGAGGAGUUUGUCGCCGGAAAGGCAGCGGUGGAGGAGCCCGCAAAGUUUGCAGGGAGAGGGGACAAUGAAGACGUGGAAGAAGGGUCGGGUAAAGAAAUCUUCACGUGUGUGGAAUGUAGCAUUUACUUCAAGAAGCAGGUGCACCUUCAGCAGCACAUAGUUGAGCACUGUCAGAGUACCGCAGCGGGCGGCCGGCGUUCCGGAAAGGGCUGCGGAUUUCGGUGCGUCGAGUGUGGAUGGAACCUGCAGAGUCGGCCCGCGCUGGCCGACCACCACAGGAGGCACCAAGAGUCUCGUUUAAAGAUCUUUGAAGAGAUCGAGAAACUGAACCAGGACGGUGAGAUGGUGAAGCCUACGUGCUCAGAUGACACGGAGAGAUUCACGUCUCAGCAACUUUCCCCGGCCCCAGUUUCGACACCAGACCAGGCCGUUGGCCACUCGGUUGCUUCUCCCCUGAAAUCGCUGCGAAGCCCGGCUCCAGCCCGAAGUGUUUCCGCCGGCCGCCGCCGCUUCAUCUGCACAAAGUGUAACUUCAGCACAAGAACUUCCCAGGCACUGGCCAAUCACACCAAGACCCACAACAGAAAAAAAACAGGUCCAGCGUUGUGUUUGCCAUCCACUUCCCUGGCCUGUGCUCAUUGUGCCUUCCUGACCUCCAGUCAAUCUGUGAUGAAGAACCACCAGAAACGUAUUCACCCAACGCAGUUCUCCAUCAGUGGGGCGCUGACCGAUGAGACUGGCAAGCGCUCAAGUUCAAAGGUGGGUUCUCCGAUUUCAAAACCUGCCGUCACUUCUGACCGUCUCUGUGGGUCGGGAUCCUUGCACAAUGCAUCUCAAUGCGAGAGCCAGCAAGAGGCCACUGCCUCUGAUGGCAACGCAAUGCCAGGUGGCGCUGCAGCUCUCCCUGUGAGCCAGGUGGUCUUCAAGCGCUUUGAGAACCCGAGAUUCAGAAGAAGAGGGAAGACUUGGACUAAUCUGGCCAACUUUCUGGAGGAUGGCGAGCUGACAGGGAGUCAAGAAGAAGAAGAAGAGCAGAGCGCAGAGCUUGACACUGAGCAUUUAGACUCACCUGUUGGAGUGAAACGGCACAGCACAGAGGACUGCUCAGCACAGCAAAGCACCAUCUUAUCGCUUCCCACUGAGAAGUGUGGGAAAGACGAAGACCAGCCGGAGGUGGAGAAGGAGGGAAAGGCUUUCUUUCUGAGGAAGAGCAACCGGGUCACCGUUGCUCCUCUGGAGACUGACAGCGAAGACCACGACGGCGGCGGCGGCAUUGACGAGGAACACGUGCGACGUCUCCUCUCGGAAGGCUUCUUGGAUGAAGACCUGGACGAGACCGACGGGGACUCUGAGGCGUUCAAGAGCGUGGAGAGGAAGUGUCCCUACUGCCCUGAUCGGUUUCAUAAUGGCAUCGGGCUGGCCAAUCACGUGAGGGGCCACCUGAACCGAGUGGGCGUCAGCUACAAUGUGCGUCACUUCAUAUCCCCCGAGGAAGUCAAUGCGAUUGAGAGGAAGUACUCCUAUCAGAAGAAGAAGAAAAAAGUUGCCAACUUUGACCCGGAAACAUUCAGCGUGAUGCACUGCGAGUUCUGCAGCGCCGGCUUCGACACCCGGGCCGGCCUGUCCAGCCACGCCAGGGCCCACCUCCGGGACUUUGGCAUCACCAACUGGGACGUCACCAUCUCGCCGAUCCACAUCCUGAGGGAGCUGUUCUCCAGCAGGCCCGACCUCGCCGUCCCCACGGCUCCCCCCCGGAGCACAGGCUCCUCGGAGGAGGAGGAGGAGGAGGAGGAAGAGGAGAAGGAGGAAGGGGUGGGAAUCGUUGAGGUAAAGUUGGAGGGGGACGCAAGCGAGAGGAAGCAGAGCACGGGCGGUUCAGAUGUGUCGCCUUCAGCGUCUCCCCAACGCCUGAAGGAGGAGGACGGGUUGGAGCAGAGUGGAGGUGAGGAGGAGGAAGCGGCUGAGGACGACGAUGAUGAUGAUGAGGAUCUGAGCUCCAGCCGGACGCGGAAAGCCGGGCCGUGCAGCGUGGACUCGGGCGGCCUCUCUCCAGGGGAAGAUGCAGACUCCAGGGACUUGAAGUGCGCGCUGUGCGGAGCCCAGUUCGAGACCAGACGCGGGCUGUCCAGCCACGCCCGCUCUCACCUGCGGCAGCUGGGCGUCGGCGUCUCGGAGAGCAGCGGGGCGCCGAUCGACCUGCUCUACCAGAUCGCCAAGGAACCCCACGCGGACGGACCGAUUUCUCCCACGGAGCUCCUUUCCGCCAAGAGGUCCUCGGUCCCUCACAAGGAUGAGGAGAUAGGAGACAUGGACUUUGACGACAACGCCGUCCCCAUCGCCAUCCUGGGCAAAGCGGCGAAACCACUGCCACCGUCUCCUUCCGCCACGCCGUCACCUUCCCCCGGUGCCUCGCCCUCACCCCCUCGCUCCGGCUCCCAGCCCUCAGUCGUGAGGAAGGCCCCCAUUUCCUCUCUGCUGCCCGUGUCCUCCCCCUUGCGCUCCCCGGACCACAAGGCUGGGGGAAUGAAAGGCUUGACCCCCAGCCUCUCCUCCAAAGUCACGACCAAGCCCCUGUGGGCGCCGCAGGAGAAUGACGCUCCUCUCAACCUCACCCUGGGGGUGGACCCCAACAAGGACAUCGUCUGUCAGCUGUGCGGCGCCUGGUUCGAGACACGGAAGGGUCUGUCCAGCCACGCGCGGGCCCACCUGCGGCACUUCGGGGUGGAGUACUCUGAAUCUAAGGGCUCUCCCAUCGACCUGCUGAACCAGCUCAUCGACACGGACGACUUCAAGCACAAAGCCGGAGCGCUCCCCGCCCCAAAGCGCUCCCUGCUCAGCCUCUCCUCCCCUUCGUCCCCGCUCUGCAAGGUGACCACGGCCGCCGGCGGGUCCACGCCAAAAGCUACCUCUUCCUCCGCCCCGUCUCUCCUCGGCCCCCCCGCCAAGCGUCUCAAGUCCUCCUCCAUGAGGGUCUUCCGCCUGAGUAGUGGCGAGCUCAUGGCCCUUCCGCACAGUGAACCACCAAAGGAAAUAGGCUGCGAGUUCUGCGGGGAGUACUUCGAGAACCGCAAAGGCCUCUCCAGCCACGCGCGCUCCCACCUGCGCCAGAUGGGCAUCACCGAGUGGACCGUCAACGGAUCGCCCAUCGACACCCUGAGGGAGAUCAUCAAAAGGCGGGGCCUGCCUUGCGCUCUUCCUCUGAAACCUCUCAAAACCCCGCCCCCGUCCUCUCCGGGACCCCCUCGUUCGCCUCGGCCCACCUCGUCCCCGUCCUCCUCCUCCUCCCCCUCCUCCACCCUCCUCGGCCGCCUACCCUUCGCCUUUGCCCGCCCCUCCAGUCCUCCCCAGGCCCUGCCGUCGAAAUCGAGCCCGGCAUCGCUGACGCCCGCCGGAGGGCUGAUCCUCAAGCUGAAGCCUGAGCCGGUGCAGCUUGAGGUCACGGCGCCGGGAGCCACGGAGAGAUCCGCCGGUUUCUCCGCCAAAGCUCUUAACUGCGGUUGGAGCGGCUCGGACGGCGUGUUCCCCCUCAACUUGGCCAUGGCCCAGGAGGUGGAGCCCACAAGGGACAUCCGUUGCGAGUUCUGCGGGGAGUACUUCGAGAACCGCAAAGGCCUCUCCAGCCACGCGCGCUCCCACCUGCGCCAGAUGGGCAUCACCGAGUGGACCGUCAACGGAUCGCCCAUCGACACCCUGAGGGAGGUCAUGCACAAGAGAGGGAUGGGCGCCUCCUCUCAGCAGGGGGUGAAGAAGGAGUCGCUCCAGGGGGCCAGCAGUCCCCUGUGGGAGAACACGGAGGGUUUGGGUGUUUCCGGCUACCAGUCCUCCAAGUUCCGCAAGUCUCCGCUCAGCUUGCUGCAGUCGGGGACCAGGCUCCACAAGCAGGGCCUGGGGUCCGCGUCCGCCACCCAGCCCGCGGGGAAGUAUUUCAGGCUCUCCCCUCUGGGGAAGAGGCCUCUGUCUGAGGAUGCUCAGCCGGCGGAGACCGCCAAGUCACCGCCACAUCAGCUCAAGGCUUUCUCGCCGCUGCCGCACGAUUUCUCCUUCAAGCGAAAACCUUCCCCGGACAAGCACGGGCACCAGGAUCCCAGUUGCGAGCUGUGCGGCUUCUACUUUGAGAACCGCAAGGCCCUGGCCAGCCACGCGCGAGCCCACCUCAGGCAGUUCGGCGUGACGGAGUGGUGCGUGAAUGGGUCCCCCAUUGAGACGCUGAGCGCCUGGAUGCGCAGCAGGCCGCAGAAGGUGCUGGAGAUGCAUCGCAGCUACAUGCAGGGCAACCGCUCCACCCUCAAGAAGAAGAGCAGCUCACCUCUCACUGCGUCAACGGGCUCUGAUCAUAUCCUCCCCGUCUCAUCACAGAAGGCCGCCGCCGCCUGCUCCUCCUCCUCCUCCUCCUCCUCCUCCUCCCAGUGGUCUUCGUCUCUGGCUGUGAGCCUGGUGCGGCCGCUGAGCCGCGAGGUUCUGGGCUCCUCCAGGACGGCCGAGGGGGACGCCGCCCCGCUGAGGCCCGGCAGCGGCAGUCCCAGCCCGUCGCGGUUCUCCGGCGGCCUCCCGCUCCAACCGCAGGUGGCCCGCAGCGAGCUGAACGUCCGCCUGCCCCGAGGUUAUGAGCGUCGGCCCAUGAAGCACCCGUCCUUCCCAGACGGGACAGAGAGCCCCCCCAAGCCCCCCCGCACGGGCACCGUACCCGCCCUGGUGCCCAAACCGCCCUCCUACCCACUGGUCAAACUGGUGGGCAAGUUCUACACCCUGAAGUGCCGAUUCUGCGAGGUGGAGUUCCACGGGCCGCUGUCGGUGCAGGAGGACUGGAUCCGACACCUCCAGCAGCACAUCCUCAAGAUGAACUACAACAAGGCAGCGGCGCCCAAAGCGGCCCCCGCUGCACCCGCCGGGGCCCCUUCUCCGGUGGCUGCCGCGCCCCCGGUCCAGGCCUCGGCCCCGGCCUCCACCUCCACCUCCAGUACCGCCUCCACCCCGCCUGCCCGCUCCGCCACGCCCCCCGUGACGCGGUGUGCUGAGCCGCUCUCUGCCACAGCGGUUUUAUCUGUCUCAGAGGAGCAGCCCACCUUAUCUCCACCUUCUGUCCCCCCCCUCCCCACCCAGACAGUGUGAGCUGCAACUCGUCACUGUCAAUUAGAUCCUCUUUUUUGUUUUGUUUUUUUGUGCCCUUCCGCACCUUUUUUUUUUUACAAAUAUCUCUGUGUCCAUCCGCUUCUUUCGGCCGUCGGAGUGUUGUUGAGCGAGGAUCGUUAGCCCUCCAAAGAGCCCCCCCGAGCCCCCCAAGCACCUUUUUGAAGCGGCUUUCUAGACUGUUACUGAGUCCCGUUACCCGGGGAACGAAGCUCGCGAGGAGAGCUGAAAUAGUGUUUUGUGACUGCCUUGUUUCUAUUGAAUGUCCCGGUGUGGACGCAGACAUUUGCUGUACUUCUGUCCCUCCAGUCACCUGCUGACUAAAGGGUUAAUGUAGCCCUUUUAUCCAGCUCCCCCCCCCCCCCCCACGUCUCAUGCAGUUUUGCCCCCCUUUUUUCCCUUUGUGAACCGUGCCCUGUUGGGACGGAUGGCACUUCCAUCGACAUGCCCCGGGGGCCCCCGCCGGGCCCCUCACCUAAAGACCCCGACUGAGACUCAAUGACAUUUGUAAUCACGGCAGUCUCCUUUGGUCGAGACCCCAAACAUGUGGUGACACCAGGUGUUAAAACAGGCACUUUGAAUGGUGACGUUGUCACUCGGCACUUACUGAAACGCCCAUUCCAAAUGGCCGCGGUUUCAAUAAACGACUGUUUCCCAUUGGUUUAAGGAGCCAGACGUGGAAGCAGCUCCCCCCCCCCCCUUGUUGACUUUACAAUGUACUUAUUUUCCCCCAAAAUAUACAUUUUGCUUGAAUGUAGCUUAAAGCACCUACUAAAACCUUACAUGCACACCUUCCUACACAAUCAGACACGUGCCCCGUGUUACUGUAUCAUUUCAUGAUGUUUGUACUACAGGUCGUAGCUAAUGUCAGGGCCAGGUUCCCAUUCUCUCCAUUCAGUGAUGACAUUUCUUUCUUCUUUUUUUUUUUUUCCCAGUUCAAUCCAAGCUAUUAUUUAUUUAUUAUUAUGCAUCUGAAUGUGGUCAGCUUGGUCAUUUUAAAGCUAAAGUAAAACUUUGGAAUGUUUUUGGAAAUAGGUCAGCGGUGCACCUUUACACCAGCGCACACAGUGUGUGUGUGUGUGUGUGUGUGUUGGUUUGUGUUAGCUCAAAUUGGACUAAACGUGGGCCCCUGUCGGUGCGUGAUGUAAUCAGCAUCUGUCAUCGCGUGUCGGGAUGUGCCAAAGACUCUUGUUUACUUCCUCGUCUCUGUAAAAGCUGUUUACAUUGGACCUGGUGGUGGAGGAAACUCUGCACAGCCAUGGAGUUCCCCGAGUUCCUCCUCGCCCGAAAGACGCACCGAACAGCGCCAACAGGCGGCGCUGCGCUCUCCGCGCGGCAAAGACGCCCGGAGCCGCUUUGAGGGACCUGUGGCGGUGACGCCGGGUUUAGAGCGUUCCUGGUAAACGCCAACGGAAACCCAACGGUCCAAUCACAGGAGCCCGUCUGACCGGUGUCUUUGGGACAUUGAGUGCGAUGACAUCAACCCAGAACUGAAGCACUACCUAAAAGGGGGUCUGUGUAUGCUGGCAGUCCUAGAGAUGCUGCCCCCAAACCCCUUUAUGGAGUAUAGAUACACACUAUAUAACUACAUGUACUUAAGAAACUGUCGAGGCUAGUAGAGCCAUCGGCAGUUCUGUUAGCGAGGUAGAUUUAAAAAAAAAAAAAAAAAAAAGUGAUCUUAAUUAUCGUGGUUUGAUUUCAACCUUUUGAUGCUCCGUAUUUUGUAUGGCUCUGUACAUUUCUGUAUCUGCAGUUCAAGUCCUUUUUUUGAAUUCGAAGUCUCUCCGAGCUGUCGCGCCGGAGAAGAGAGUCGACGGCGUUCUGACGCGAUCCUCGCGUCCCAGUGUGGCGGGACUCUAACACGCAGGGCCUUUUUAAAGGGGGGGGGGGGCGCUUUGUGCACAGAGACGGGACCCUCCGCUGCCUCCACACGGGGGGGAAGCAGAGGCCCUCAGUCCGGUGCACUGGAGUUCCCCUCAAGGUUACCUGAACAAGACUCAGCCGGUGUAACUGGUGCGUGUGUGUGUGUGUGUGUGUGUGUGUGUGUGUGUGUGUCUGUCUCUCCAGUAUGUCUGCGUGUACGUGUGUGUGUGCAGAAGAUGGGACGACGUUGACGAUUUGAGAAGAAAAAGAUGCAUUCGAGGAAAGGAACUCGGUGUACACAAGAGUUUUACGUGAAUCAACUCCAAGAGCAAAACAAAUAAAUGUGAUUUUAAUUCCAGA